AUGACCCAGGCGCCAGCCACCACCUCUUCGCCCGCGAUCGUCAGGUGCGGCGGUGGAAUCUCUCCAGAAAAGCCUCUCGUGACCCGCCGCUCCAAGCCCUCUCUCGCAUCCAUACACCAUGAAACACACCACCGCUCCGACUCGUGCCCCCACGUGGUCGGUGGGUCGUACUUCUUGCCCCCUCCCGCCGAAGUGGUGACAAGUGUGCGCACAGUUGUCCGAAUUCGCCCGCUCCCAACCGCUCGUUCGACCAGUUCGAACAAACGACCGUGGCUACGCUGUCGCCACACGUUAGGUGACAAAGCCGUCGAAGUCGUCGGCGCCAAGCCCACAGACAACAAACUGUACCUGGCAGACCAGGUGUUGAGCGAAGAUGCGACCCAAGAAGACGUGUUUACGACUGUCGGUGCACCUGCCGUCGACGCAUUGGUCGCUGGCUACAACGGCAGUGUGAUUGCAUAUGGCCAAGUCGGGUCUGGGAAAACCUACACAAUGCACGGAGAGGGCACACAGGAGGAUGGGUGGCACCGAGGGCUCAUCCCCCGCAUCCUGCAGUCGUUGUUUGACACGACUGCAGGUUUACAGCAGGUCGAGUGUGUGGUGUCGUUUGUCGAGAUCCACAACGAAAAGAUCUGGGAUUUGCUGGAUGUGCGAGCGGUGGACCCGAAGAACAUCCGAGAAGACACACGGCUGAACCAAGUGUUUGUCCAGGACUUGGUUCAAGUGCCCGUGUCGUCGGCCGCCGACGCCAUCGACUGGCUUGAGAAAGGAAUGAAGGCGCGAAAGGUCACUGCCCCCACGGCGCGAAGUGCCGCGAGCUCGCGUGGCCACGGAGUGUUUAGCAUCAAGUUACGCCAGCAAUUAAGCGAUUCCAGCUGCCGAAAAACGGUGCUGCAUUGCGUGGACUUGGCUGGUUCGGACAAGAACUUGACGUUGUACCCGUCCACGGCUGCCAAGGACCUGAAAGAGGCAUCGCAUAUCAACAAGUCCCUGUCGUGUUUGGUGGGCGUGCUGUCGGCACUCGUAGACGUCUCCAGUGGCGUGAAGCGGCAUGUUCCGUAUCGGGACUCGAAGCUGACCUUCUUGUUGCGGGAAGCAUUGGGCGGCAACGCCAAAACGACGUUCGUGGCCACAGUGUCGUCGGAGGACAAGUGGAUGGCGGACACGCUGUCGACUCUGCAGUUGGUGGAUCGUACUACACACGUCACCAGCCGGGUCAAGGUUAACGACAGCGACGGCGUCGAGCGCAUGGUUCAGUCGCUGCAGCGAGAAGUGGCCACGUUGAAGCAUUCGCUCGCUCAUGAGCGACACCGCCCCGACGAUGUAGUGGUGAUACCUUUCGUGUCACCGGAAGAUCACACAUUCAAGGAGGUUGAUGAGGCAGGUAGUGCCAAGGAAAGGUCGGCGAGCAUGCCUGCGCAGACGCUCCAUGAGGAGAAGGAAGCGUUGGACCCGAUGAAUCAAGUGACGCGAGUCGUCCAAGUGUGUUCCGCUCCCACGCAUUCAGAUGCCGAAGUGAAUACGGACCCGGAGAUCACAUCGUAUAUGCCGUCAUCAUCCUGGGAACGACUGCCGUCCAUGGAAGCAUCGGUAGUUCUCUUCGUAGUCGGGUAUUGCGUCGGGCGGUACUUUCGUCCAUGACACUUGGUAUCAAUAUUAAAUUAAACAGUAUUAGAUUUAAAAAAUU